GCUUGUGCCGCCUUACAGGUUUUGCAUCCCUUCGGCAUUGAUACUGUUGUUAUACCUUCCUCCGUUGCAAAUGAUGCCUCCAACUCCAAGUGGGACGGACUGCGUGGUAUUCCAGCCGUUGCAUUUGUCUUGGGACUGAUACAAAUCUGAGAUCUCUCCUACAUUUCUUGUGCUUCGGCUUGGAUCGGGGUUCGGUGAUAGCUGCCUUGAAUCAAAAGCCUCACGAUUUCCAACACAGCAAACUGUUUGGCCUGCCAGUGAUCGCGAUGUCUGAUCCCGCUGCCCAGGCUGCUGUGGCAGCAGCAAUAGCAGCAGCCGUUCGCACAUUCAAUACUGAGUUGUGGACGUUCUAUGCGUUUGGCGUCCUCAUAACGAUUGUCAGGACGUAUGCUCGAGUGAAGGCUGUGGGCAUCAGAGACCUUCGAGCAGACGACUUUAUCGUGUGGCUUGCCAUUUUGCUCUACACUGCGCAGUCGACUCUAGCAUAUUUCGCGGUCAAUCACGGGCAAGGUCUCGCAAACAAUGCCAUGACGGACGCAGAGCGGGCUGCAUUAUCCCCCGAUUCUACGGAAUACCGCCUCAGAGUAUUCGGCUCCAAGAUCCAGGUGGUGGGCUGGACCACCUAUGCGUGCUUGAUCUGCACGCUCAAGAUUGCCGUGCUUGUCUUCUACAUCAGACUCAUGGAAGGACUUAGCAACUAUUUCCGCAUUCGUAUCUGGAUCGGAUUUGGGCUCGUCGGUUUGACAUUUGUUGCAUCCGUCAUAACGAUCUAUGGGUCAUGCCAGCCGUUCUCCAACUACUGGCAGAUCAACCCGGAUCCAGGCAACUCCUGCCAGGGCGCUGUGGCAAGCCCGAUCGUAUGGGUCACAUUCGCCUCGAGUGUUGUCACCGAUCUCUACCUCAUCAUGGUGCCGCUUCCCAUGCUUUGGGGAACGAGCCUGAAACUCGUGAAGAAGCUUGCCGCCACUUUCGUGCUUGGUGCGGGCGUAUUUGUCCUUAUCUGCUCGCUUCUCAAGACUAUCUUUGUUACAACGGAUCCUGUCCACGGUGCACAGCUCGCUGGUGAGUGGGGUACCCGGGAAGCAUUCGUCUCAGUGGUCACUACCAACCUCCCAAUGAUAUUCCCCCUACUCAAGUCAUGGUUGAAACCACUAUUCGGCAGUGCGCUCUCUUCUACUGGGGCAGCCUCCAAGCAUCCAUCUGGCUUUCGAACCAUCGGCGGGGGCGGCGGAUCCUCUGGGGUUGGUCAACGUCGUAAACCCACUAGUUCGAAGCAGCCUGUCACCGAUAGCUUAUCAUUCAGCGAGAGUGCGGAACAUAUUGUCAACAGCGUGAAGAUGCAGAACCUGGAGGGUUAUACCGGGCUAGCAGCGCCUACUCGCCCACCGUCGAAGGGUAUCAUGGUCUCCAACGAAUUCAAGAUGGUCGAGGAUGGAAUCAGCCACAAGGAUGGCCGAGAUGCGAAGCAGGUUCAUGAAUCUUGGUAGCAAUAGGGUUAGGUAUAUGAAAGUUAU